CUCAGACCAGUAAUCGUUCUUAAUUUAACAAAGAUUGUUGAAGGUGGUAAAUACAAAUAAUACAUUAUUAGAGACUCAAGAAAAUCACACAAAGUUAGGAUUGGAGAUAUAAAAUGGCCCAAUCCAAACCAAAGCUAUUACGAUACUAUAUCAAAGACUCUGUAGUUCCAUUUGAGGAGGAUAUGUAUCAUGAGUUUAAAGGUCACAGGAAUUUAGCCGUUGAAGAGUUACCUCCCUGGACCAAAGAAACAAUGAAAGAGAGAGCAUCUAGAAGAGCUGUGUCUAGAGCUUUGAAUGGGUUUGUGAAUACUGGGAAAGGUGGAACAACGUACCUUGGUAUCAUAGACUCUGGUGAAGUUCGUGGGGUGACAUUAACCCAAUACCAGAAAGACCAUGUCAUAGGAAGUUUAGAUGACCUGAUGUCUAGAUACACCCCUCCUGUGGCCCCACACAGGUACAAGGUCAAGUUUGUGCCAGUAAUACAGAAGGAGUGUACUGAGGAGGAGAGAUUACUUCAGUGUGUGCCUGACCCAGGGGAAUGUUACGAGACUGAGGAAAGAAAGCGUCCACACCAAUUCCGUACUCAUCACUACUGCUGGUGUGAUAAGGAAUCUCUGUCUCAAUACAGCUGUGGUAUCUUGGCCACAGACUAUGUGAUAGAAAUCACCAUAAAACCCUGGGACCCGAUGGACUCUAGAAAUGCAGAUGUAUCAUGUGGGACAUUGGUCAGUAUGCACCCAUUCCACGCAGACGAGGAGGGAAUGGUGUAUUUUAGAAGACAGGCCAGCCUUGUUCAGUACAACAUGAUAGAAGUAGCACACCUGACACGACAGGAAACCAAAGAACAGUGCCGCCUAGAGGUGCAAAGACUUGAGAAUGAAAUAAAACAGACCAAGAAGAAAUUACAGAAGGGGGAGGAAGAGCAUGCUGAUGGCGGAGGUGUUACGUAAACUGUCACUGUGCAGUUGCAGCCCGUGGCAUUGUUGUCAGAAGU